AGUCCCCUUUUCUGAGAGCUCCCACCCCACGCCAUGUCCACCCUACCAUCGUCGCCGCCGGCGAGACCCCCACCGCCCGCUCAAACCACCAUCAGCGCUCUCUGCGACGACCUGCUCCGCAAGAUCUUAGCCCGCGUCCCCGAGCUCCCGAACCUCGCCCGCGCCGCCUUCUCCUGCUGCGCCUUCCUCCGUGACGUCCGCUCGGACCCCGCCUUCCGCCGCCGCUUCCGCUCGCUCUGCCCGCCGCCCCUCCUCGCGUUCUUCCUUGAAAUUUACAUGGAUCUGGUCCUGGUCUACCCCUCCCCCUGGCGCCCCUCCGACACGGGCCUCGCCGACGCCUUCCGCGGCGCCGAUUUCUUCAAGACCCGCCGCAUGCACGGCCUCAAGCACGUCGACGACUCCGGGUGGGAGUUCGACUACAUGUUGGGCGACGAGAUUCAAAUCGCCCACCGGAAGCAGCGAGCCAGCUACAGCCCGCUGAGGCAGGCCCUGUCCCUUUACCCCGACAGGCAAGUUUUGAAGGACAACAGCUUCCUUGAGUUCCACACGCUCUCCUACCAGGAGGACCAGGGGCUGCAGCAUGUGGUCUGCAUCCGCCAUGACCGCUAUUGGGCGCGGGCAAGUGUCGCUCUCUUCUCAUCCAACACCAUGGAGUGGCAAAUUUUCCCUUGGGUGGAAACAAAGGCCCUGGGCCUGGUGCCCAAGAAUGCCAGAAGCUCUAUAAACCCUGGUAAGGUGGUUGAUGGAUUCAUAUACUGGAUAUUUCCGAAGGGAGCCGGUAUGCUCGUGCUCAAUGCGACGACAUCUCAGUUCCACCGAAUGGAUAUGCCGCGGCCCUUGAGUACGGUGCUCUUUACUACAUUCAAGCUUGGCGAGACCAAGGACGGGAAGCUCUGUAUCGUGCACCUAAAUUUUGAGGGCAUCAAUGAUGGGAUGCUUUUUGUUUGGUUGUGGGGAAAAGAUAGCGAUGGUGUGGAGAGAUGGAUGUUUGACAAGUCGUUUCCAUUGUGCGCAAUUGUUGAGUUCAUUAAUUGUUCAAUGGUAAUUCAUUCCAAAGUAGGAAUUUUGUCAGUUAUUGAUGGCUUUGUGUACCUGUCAGUUGCUGAAUGUCGGAACCGUAGUAAUUCUUCAGAGUGGUUCCUAUCAUUUUGCCUGGAGACUUCAGAACUGCAUCAGCUCUUUGAGGGCCCAUAUCAGAGUCAUCAUGAUGCCCAUCCCUAUGUCAUGCCGUGGCCUCCUUCUUUGGUAUACAACAAGGAUGGUUCAGAAGCUAAAGUUACUAAAAACUGUGCUGCAGAGGAUAGUCCUGUGGGCAAAGAAAAACCUCGUCCUAUCCUUAUCACAGCAUUGCAAUCUUUCAAAGAAGCUUUGAUUGAUGAUGAUGAAGCAAAUACUACCGAGGCAGCAGCCUUUUUCACAAUUGAGGAUGAGAAGAUGUCUCUCAUGAGAAAAAUGGCUACUUUGGAUGUACGAUUGACAAAUGCAAGAGAUCAUGUCCUGAGGUUAAGUGCUGACUCUGCAAAAUUGAAUAUACCAUGUCUUGAUGAUGAUUGCCAUUUCUGCUUUCUUUCACAAAUUCACAGUUAGAUGGACGAUGAAGUUAGAGUCAGUUGAACUUACAUUUCUGAGAGGAUGCUUAAUAUUCGAAGGCUCGAGUGAGGUUCUGAAUCCUAUAAAAUGGAGCAACUUAACCUACCAUGGAUAGUGAUUUUUUAGGGAUGCUGGUGCUUAUGAAUCCACAGCAGGGUUUGUUGAUCUACAGCGUGGGAUUGGAUUUGUGGUGGUGAUAACUGACAAGUAAAGAGCAGCUGCAUGGUUGUUGCCAGCUCUUUGAGGGUGAGUUAACUUGCCUGUGCAUUGUUAGUGUACCCCUUAUCUAGGUAGAUGUCAAGGCCUCAUGGUUAUGUGAACAACAUUGCUAGUUUUAUGUUGAAUGAUUGCUUUGUCUUUUGUGCAACUACAUUUGAACCAGGAGAUUGUAUCGCUAUGUUAUCCUUUUCAAGUUUCACCUAUAAUAAUUUGCAGCCUUUAUGGGUGUCAAUAUUUCCAACCUUUCGGUGCUAGAGCUAUUGUGUUGUUUAGCUUACCAGGGUGCAGUUUAAAUUGCCAUGGUAACUCUAGAAUUCUUCUUUUGUGAUGAAGUAACUCUGGAGUUCUGAAAUCAUUAAGAUGUGAUUACCUGAGCUUUUCCUGAAUAUUAUGUGUCGUCAUAGUGUUGCAUGUUGAAGUGCCCUCUCUUUUGAUAGAAUAGUCCAUUCUUGUUUUGUCCCAAGUCACAGUUGUUUCAGUCUGAGCAAAUGUAUAGAAAAAUUGAACACAUAAGACAUAAACAUUUUGAACACCUAAAACAUAAAAAAAAUUGACACUUAAUUACUUAUUUUUCAUCUAUAACCUCCUGCAAUUGUCCAAAAACACCUAGUGUUUGUUCAGAAAAUUCAGAGAAUGUAAGUGCAUGAAUGCUGUAGGGAAAUUGGAUAGACACCUUAUCGUCUUCAUUGACCUGAAUAGUCGUAAAUGGACGCCAUGAUGGCUUCUGUAUUUCUUCCUGCCAAUACGAGACCAACCUUGCAGCUUAAGCCCGUCCUUUUUAUUCCAACAAUGGUGCCGCCACUAAUCGGCAUGUUCUCGAAACCCUGCACAUUAUGAUCAUUUCAAUGAGGAAAACUUUUAGUAACAAUGUAACUCCUCCCAAAUAGAGCAACUAGAACUUUCAAAAACUAUGGGCUUUUAAUUUACCUGCAUCAAAUCUUGGCGAUUCUCUUGGAGCUCUUUGUUAUUAACCUGCUCUCUGUUGAGGUCUUGCAAUGAAUCUUUCAUCCUUUUCCAUUCCUCAUCCAGAAUAUUUCUCACAUACGUCAUUACCGCAUAAAGAUGUUGAUGGUCUUCCUUUGGGAGCUUCUCCCCUGCUUGUAGUCUGUUAGCUAUGAAUGUAGCGAUAAUCUCUAAAAGUGGGAGUGCCAAUAUUUGUCUAGAGUUCCACUGAAACCAUCUUACGCUGACUCUUCCUGAUACUAAUUUAGGGGGAAUACUGCCUGAAUAGCAUCUGGAUUGAAUGAGGGACUAACACUGAAGCUAAUUCUAGCAUUAAAAUGGGGGUACAGAUAGAUGAUCUGAAUUCGACAUUGUUUUAACUCCCAACUACAUGUUUUCGCUUGUAAAGAAGGGCAAGUACUGCUCUCUGAUACUGCCUCUCUAAGCAUUUGUCAUCCAUGAUCAGUAAAAACAGAAUUCGGCAUCGACAUAUAUUCGCUUUUUCAGUGUGCAUUCAGCAUUACCAUCUGUAACUUCUUUUUUUAUAACUGCGGACAUCGGUGUUCAUUUUCGAAAUGACACUCUAAAGUUGAGGUGAAAAUUCAGCACUCUGAAAACUAAAACUAAACAUGUUACAGAGUUUAGAUAAGAAAUACAUAACCCUACCUUCUCCAGUUCAUGCAGCGCCAGAUCAUGGUCAGCCAGCUUGCUCUCUCCACCUGCCAUGUCUAGUGUGUUGACCUCCAAAGCACACUAAAACAAUAAAAACAACACAAGACUAUGUCAAGAUGGCGAAAGCAAACAAACCUGGUCAUACUGCGAGGGGAGGUAGCUUGUUGGUUAUUAUUUAUUGUUAAGGAGUAUCAAUGAACUAACAAUCUAGCUAAAAAGAACAAAGAUUCAUGUGAAUAUAUAGAAUUUCCACUCAAAUCUUCUCAACACUGCAUACUCCCUCAUUCAGGCAGUAGACAAAUAAACAAACACACAAACCUUCUAGCAUCGAAUCUUUUUAGAUAAAUUCAGUCAUCAAACCUUUUUAGAUGAACUAUGGUGGCCUGUAAGCAGGGCAGGUGCUAUCUAUUACUUUUUCUCUGAGCAUAUGCUGGAAUUGCGGUCCAUGGUCAAUACAAUAUGUUGGCAUACAGUUCCAAUUUUUGGCUGAAAAAAAUGCAGCCAAUCUGGAUUUGGAAAUUCCACUUACUGCCCAUAGCUGUUUUUUUUCUAACAACCUAUAUCGAUGUUCUUUUGCAAAAUGAUACUAUGAAGUUGAGGUGAAAAUUCAACACCCUGAAAGUGACACUAUGAAGUUGAGCUAAUGCUAAUUCUAUAGAUUAUUUGAAUUUAUAGUGUUUUGCUCCCAGCUGCAUAUGUACACCAUGUUGUGUUGGAUUAUACGUCGCUGUAAUUUUUUGGCUAUAAACUUGCAAUUCAGGGUUAAUUUAUAACUUCAUUUCAGAUCAAUCCAAUGACCAAAAUUCGGCAUGCUGCUGUAAUUUUUUGGCUAUAAACUUGCAAUUCAGGGUUAAUUUGUAAAAACAUGCAUUUCACAACCGUUUCAGCCAGAUUUGAGCAUUCGACAUUACUACUGUAACCCAUUUAUUUUUACAACUGUUGAAUAUUGGUGUUCAUUUGCAAGACUAUGACUUGGCUUGGAGCAGGGCCUUCGGAAGUCCUGGGAAUAGCUUCCAACGAUUGUAAUACUCCGGUGAUUGAGUAAUGAAAGCUUUAUUUCCGCAAAAAAAAUCGGCAUCUCUUGUGUAGAAUAGUAAAAUACCGACGGCGGCAACGAUCGCGGGAGUUGGUUCUUUUCUCUUCCCAUUGGCACGCCGCCGCCGGGAACAGGAACAGGGGAUGAAGAGAGCAGAGCAGAGCAUAUGUACGUAGGUGGUGGCGGCGGGGAGGGAGCUCCCGCGACUCCGUUUCUGGGGGGCCGCACCGCAGGCUAUGUACAGUCUCCCUGGCCUGGCGGCGAAAAUGGACGCCAUAUUUGGUGGUUGGUGAGGUAAAUCGAAGAGUGGAGAAGCAGAGGCAUCGGCGGCAACCGUGGCCGGAAUCGGGGAAGAAGGCCGGGUCGGGCGACGAAAGCGGCCUUUUUCCCCAACUCAGCUCGGCGACCUUUUUUCUUUUCUUUUUCGCUGAGAGAGAGAGGGAGAGAGAGAGAAAAGGAAGGAAGGAAGGAAAGAUGGUCUCCGUCGUCGUACUACGUGGGAACAGAAGCGAAUGUUUGCGUAUGUGGCGGAAAAAAAAGGAAAAAAGAAGCUCGAGUCGGGAUGCAACUGCAAAUACUAGCCGGAUUGUCGAGGCGCUGCAAGUUACCCGAUCGGGCCUCUAUGUCCAGAUGCGUCAGUAAGAGUUGUAGUCCAACAAACACACGUCUUGCUCGCUGUUGGUUGUAACAUCAUCGUCUACCAGACAGGUUUGUCUGAUUCGAGAUUCAAUUUUUUUGCCCGUCCAUGCAUCUUUGGUUCUAUCUGCUAGGCAGUUGUUUUCUUUGAAUGGCUACAUGUACUUCUAUAGCUUGUUAAUUCCUUCUCAGCUUGUUUUAUUUUAUAUGCAUGUGUACGGACAAACUAAUGUGUCUUUGUGUUGGUCGUUCCUUCCUUCCGACAUCGCAAUUAUUUUAGAUGCUGGCCAGUUAAGGUUUGUUGGAAAUAAUAGUGGAUGUUGGGCUGCCUCCACACCGCAAGAUAUGGAGAUGGUUGACAUCGGAACCGGUGGUUGAGGUCGAGUACGCCUGGUUGUCGUCGCCGUCUACAUCCGUCACGGUGCUGCUGCAAUGGCUUUUCCUCUUCCUAUUGCUUUUAUUCUCUCCUGUUAUCCCUUGGUGCUCAUAAUCGCAGGACGACACUUGAUUUUAGUGUGAGGAACUUGCUGUUGCUAGCACCAGAUUCAGCAGGGAGGAUAUCUAUGAGGCCUUUCAUUCUUGUGGGAUUCCCACACAUCUUGCAAGUUUAAGGGGGUGAGCUCAGCUGAAUGUGCGCCGAGGUAUGGUACCUUUGCAAGCCGAGUAUCUUGCUCUAAUUUGUUGACAGGGUAAGAGGUACAGUCACCAAUCCAUAGGCACUUCUGCACUUUUUCGCUAUUUCUUGGUCACAUGGCUGAUUUAUUUUUCAAGAUCUAUGUGGAAGAUCAUCAUUAUGUUGAGUUUUAGUGAGAAAAGUCAUUGUCGCUCUAUCUUUGGUUUUUGAUUUAAUGUACUACUUCCAUCAUUUCUCCAUGAGGUGGAAAAAGGAUGGGUAGAACAUCUAAGGCAAAUAAUCAUAUAUUUUUUAUGACGCAAGGUGUUAUUUCAGCUACAAUAACGAUCCGAUUACAAAUCCAUGUGUAACGUCACUGUUUUCUGCUACGUUUGUUAUUCAGGUCCAGUAGCCAGUGGUUCUUUGCGGAAUUGUUCAAAAGGACAUUUUGAGGUGCUUGUCCAGAUGUGCUUAUUUCUCUUCAGUGACAGGUCAAUCAUAUAUUUCUUUCAUCUAAACUUGUGCUUUGUUAUCUACAAACUAAUAGGUCGUUCUAUCUACAUACUAUCAUGCCAUGAAACUGUGAUAGGUUUGUCCCUGUUUUUGAUUGUGUUGCCAAAUCAUUUCAAAAUAUGUCCUUCAUACAGAGUUAGAAUAUUUUAAGGUUACAAUGGCAAUCUAAAAUAAUGGAAGCUUUUCAACAUUACCAAAGUUCCACUCCUGUUUCUAUUCAUUUUGGUCGCUCUAGGAAUUUCUAGCUCAUUUGUAUGUACCUCUGGUUAUGUUAUUGUUGAAAAUUGAAUUAGUAAAAUAGCUUGUGGUAAAAAUAAGAAUGAAAGUCUAUAAAAAAUCCCUAAAUGUUUUCCCCUUAGGACAGAGUUGUUGUUUUUGAGGAGCAAGGUACACGAUAUAUAUGCAGGGCCUCUUUGGUCAACGUCUAGAGCCAAUGCAUGUUCACUUUACAAAAAAAGGAGAGAAAAUCUUCAUGUGUUUCAGCUGCUUACUCGUGGUGAUGCCAACAUUUUGCUAUUGCAAAUGUUACUGGUUCUCUCAUAUCAAUAUCACCUUCUUUUCGGUUGCAGCAAACAUUACUUGAACUUUCUUGAGUUUGUUUACAAUUCCGAACUCCUCAAAUUGAACGGCUCAUCUACUGAAGUACUUUGUUUGUGUACAGUUUUGUAGGAGUUUGGAGUACUCUGAGCACCUACCUGUAGUGUUCCAUCAAAACUACUUGCACAACAGGAGUUUUGCUUGGCACGGCCUACUUGAAUGGAUAUGGUUCGUGAGAGGCCAUUUCUUAUGCAUCAGGUCCUGAAGGUGGAUGUUGCUUGUUUAGAUAUCUAUGAUUCCAA